GAAGUUGUGUGAGGGUGGCGGAGGACGUGCUGUGUCUGUAGCCGGGUACAGAUUUCACACCAAUGAUGUCCGGUCACCUCAGUCUGUGCUGGAUAUAAGAAGGCGGCUCACCUCAGUGUGUGUAUAAAAAGUCUAGUCACGUCAGUCUGUUCUCGGUAUAGAUAGGAAAGGCCGGUCACCUCAGCCUCUGGGUAUAGGAAGCAGAGCUCCCGGUUGGUAUAGCUGUAGCAGCCUAUGACGCCGCUAGGGGGCGUGCUGCUCCUCCAUCAGACAUGGCGGUGAAGGGGAGAAGCGGCGGGCACGCUCUCCUGCUCCUCUACCUGGCCGUGGCAUUCGUGCACCUGGCCGUGUGUCCGUACAGCAAGGUGGAGGAGAGCUUUAACUUACAGGCCGCCCAUGACCUCCUGUAUCAUAGGCUGGACUUGGAUAAGUACGAUCACCAUGAGUUCCCCGGGGUGGUCCCCAGGACGUUCCUCGGCCCCGUAUUCCUCAGUCUUCUGUCCGCUCCGGCUGUGUUGCUGGGCUCUGUGUUGGAGGUGUCCAAGUUUUAUUCCCAGCUGAUAGUUCGAGGAUCUUUAGGUUUGACUGUCAUUUUUGCACUAUGGCAGUUACAGAAAGAGAUAUGGAAGCAGUUUGGAUCCACCGUCUCUACGUUGUUCUGCCUUAUAACAACAUCUCAAUUUCAUUUGAUGUUCUACUGUACUCGAACCCUUCCUAAUACAUUUGCACUUCCUAUUGUCUUGCUGGCUAUCAAAUACUGGAUGAAGCAGAAGUCUGGUCCAUUUAUUUGGCUUUCGGCAUUAGCCAUCAUUGUGUUCAGAUCUGAACUAUGUAUAUUAAUGGGACUUCUGCUGCUAAUAUCUCUAAUGAAGAGAAGCAUUUCGAUUUCUUCAGCCCUCUCCUAUGCAGUCCCAGCUGGAAUUGUCUGCUUAAGUUUAACUACUGCUAUAGAUUCCAUAUUCUGGAAACGUGUUCUUUGGCCAGAGGGAGAAGUUUUGUGGUACAACACAUUUUUGAAUAAAAGUGCAAAUUGGGGAACUUCACCAUUCCUGUGGUAUUUUUAUUCAGUCAUACCACGAACGUUGGCAUUAAGCAUUUUCUUCCUGCCAUUUGGCCUUUUUGACAGGAGAAUGCGUCUCCUGAUUGCACCAGUUGUGGGUUUCAUAUUUUUGUACUCUUUCCUUCCCCAUAAAGAACUGCGGUUUAUCAUUUACACAUUUCCUGUUUUAAACAUUGUGGCAGCUAAAGGAUGUGCAUUUAUAUUCCAGAACUUCCAGAAAUCUUGGCUAUUUAAAUUUGGAUCUUUAUGUGUAAUAGCCCAUCUUCUGGGUAAUGCAGCCUACUCUGCAGGAUCUUUAUAUGUGUCCCAUUUCAAUUAUCCUGGAGGUGUUGCAAUGGAUACCUUACAUAAACUUGUGAACCCUUCAACAGAUGUAUCUGUACAUAUAGAUGUAGCGGCUGCUCAAACUGGAGUUUCACGAUUCUUACAAUUUCACUCACACUGGAGGUAUGACAAAAGGGAAGAUGUUACAUGGACAGAUGAAGCUAUGCAACUUCACUCACACAUCAUAAUGGAAUUUGAUGAUUCUCAUUUGUCUCGGUUUAAAAAUAACUACAAAGUUUUAAGCCAUAUAUCUGGCUUAGAUGGAUUUGGGUUUCAUUUUGAUACAUUUCCACCCAUUUACCCCAAAUUGUUAACCAAAUUAAUAAUUUUAGAGAGGUCCCAGAUUGUAUAAUGUACAGUAUCUACAAAUGUUUAUAAGUUUUGAUUUCUUGUGAAGCCUUUAAGCAUAUAGAAUCAUCUGGUUUCCCAACUAAGGGCUUUCGUUCAAAGUUUUCUAAAUAAACAGAACAGCACUGUAGUUAUGUUUAUAAUGCAGGAAUAUGCUAUUUGCUUUUCAACUAACUAAAGUUAGUCUCAAUAAGAACUAAGCCCUUUGACACGUUUAAAAUGACUUUUUUCAUAAAAAAAAAAUUAAGUUAAA